CCCGGAAGUAAAUGGGGGAAGGUUUUUGUAGGGGGAAGAAAUUUGGCGUGACAACUGCUUCCAGGCUAUUACUUUAUCUACCACUUCCCUUUGCAUUUUUUUCAAAAUAUAACUCCACGUACCCAUGAGAGAGCUUGUUCUUCUCAUUUGGGAAGUGCUUCACCUUACACACCGGAAGUCAACAAAAACGUCCCGCUCUAUGACAUGUAGUCGUAGUCAUGUUACCAUAGUGAUGGACAGGCGUAACUUUGAAAAGACACUUACCCUUUUUCAGGCGUGUAUUCGUGGAUAUUUGGUGAGAGAGGAGUUGCGUCGUGCACGGACGCUCUUUGAGGACGUCGUGAAAGAGAUUGAUGGCUCUUUGGCUCAUUUAGAGUGGAGGGACACCAUCAUCUCCGCCCCCCACUUCACGGACACUGAUGGCCCCCUGCACCGUACGAGUAAAACUGAAGGACCAGACGUCAGUGCCUCCUUACAGAACCCAGAAGGAGCAGACGCGGGGAUGCAUUGUGCCCUGCUGCAGAAUCUAGAAGAAGAGAAAGAUGCACAAGGUAGUGACAAACAAACAAGGGAGUGUUUAGAAAGCAGCCCUGCCCCCGAGGCAGGACAGAAUGUUAUCCGUGACAAGGUUCUGAAGAGCACACAAGACUCCACAUCCAUCCGGAGAAGUAUGAGUCUGGAAUCGCAUCCUCCUCAUAAAGGUCGGCUGCGGUACCGCUCAGCCAAGGAGGUUCCUCCCAAUCCAGAGGCCUUGCGUUUCCAUAGAGACGCCCUGACCAUGGAGUUACUGUGGCUGCAGCAGGCCAUUGACAGCAGGAAAAAGUAUUUGUCUCUGAAGGACAAACUCAGCAUGACCGAAGCUGGACCUCAUUGUAAAAGACGUAUUAAAUAAAAUUACAUCCACAUAAUAUUUAUGAUAUAUGACUGUAUAUUUUGUAUUUUAUUUGAUAUGAAAAAUGAAUAAAUGUGUAUUUUGUAA